AUGGAAAGCUACGCAACGUCGCGAUCCAGGCUUAUUCAAACUGCGCGGGAUGGGCUCUCUGAACUGACCUGGACUACGUUUCUGGCUGUGUUGAUAUUUUCAUGUAUCGCGACUCGCAUCAUCACUGGGCUGCAGAGCCGACCGCGUGAUCAGGAUCCCGCUGAACCUCGAAGUUCACGGCUCGCGCCGUAUUGGUUCCCAUGGGUAGGACAUGGCUUUUCAUUCAUUUGGGACCAUGUGGGAUUAUUUGAAUCACUACGGGAUUCCCUUCGCGAAUCCGUGUUUUGCGUCUAUCUACGCGGUGAAGUCUAUGAUACUGUGAUAUCACCGUCGAUCAUGAAAACAAUUCUUUCUUCAAAAAAUUCGUCAAGCACCCCUGCACUCGACUGGGCGUUGCAAAAUGUCUUUGGCGACCGCAGUCUCCUGCGCAAUCUGAGCUUGCCUCGUAAUCAGGAAAUCAGCGACGAUGUGCCCGGAGCCAUGAACCGAGAACCGUUUAUCAGUGAUACCUUGAAAAGAAUCACUCAUUUAGUUCAAAAUAAGACUCCAUCUCUGGUGAGUUUUAGUCGAAGUGCUGUCGAUCAAUUUCCUUGGGAACGCGAAAGCCAGGUGUCUGUUUCCGAGGAGACUCAAUCCGUCUGUGAAGUGAACUUCUUCGCUCUUGUGCGAAACUUCGUGGGUCACAACAUGAGCAUCCUCCUUAUGGGUGAGGCUUUUGUUGAAAACUUCCCAACCUUCCUCGGGGAUCUAUGGAUUCUCGACAAGAACUUUGUGCCGUUAUUCGUGGGCAUGCGUCGCUGGGUGCCUACACCAGGGGUAUCAUCCGGUUUUGCAGCGCGCGAUCGCCUCCUUCAUAUCAUGUCAGUCUUCUACCGUGCUUUUGUGGCCUGGGACGAUGGGAUCGACCCCGGCAUUGAACUUCGUGAGCUUGACGAUGUGUCGGAAUUGGUCAAGGAACGUAUGCGAACGUUCCGGAAGUUGGAUAUGUCCCCAGGAGGCAGUGCGGCAGCGAAUUUAUCUCUUUCUUGGGAUCUCAUCGAAUACACAACCAAGAUCACAUUUUGGACUGUCUGCCAUAUAUUCGCAGACAGCGAGCUUCUGAAGGACAUUCGGAAAGAGAUGUCUUCAUGCGUGAAGUCGUCCCGGCCUAGCCGUGAAGAAACAGGGUUCCCCUUCGAUGAACCCCCCAAGCUUAGUCUCGACCUUGAAAAGGUCCUCGAGGUAUGCCCACUUCUUCGGGCAUGCUACUAUGAAACUAUCCGGCUCCACUCGGCAGAGAUAUCUUUCAGGGAGUUAGAAGCGGACCUGACUGUUACCGAAUCGGUAGAAGAUGCCACAGAGCCUCGCAUCUACAAGUUUCGCAAAGGCGAGAAGGUGAUUAUGCCUCACGGAAUCUAUCAUUACGACUCCCAGCGCUUCUCAAACCCGGACCAGUAUGACCCAUUGCGUUUCAUUGUGACGGAUCCUAUGUCUGGGAACAAGCAGGUCAGUGACAGCGCCCUCGUCCCUUUUGCAGAUGGACUCUAUGGCUCUAAGAACAAUUCUUUCACUGAACGGGCGGUGUUGGCUUUUACUUCUGGCCUCAUAUCAAUGUGGGAGAUCAAGCCCACGGAUGAGACCGGCCUUGUGGUUCCCAAAGAUUGGACGACUUGGGGCACUUUCCGGCCAGCCAAGGAUAUCAGGGUGAAUAUAAAGUCGAGAGUAUAA